UUCCUUACACCCCUUACUCCAUCCAAGAGGAUUUCAUGGCCAAGCUGUAUGAUGUUCUGGAGGCUGGCAAAGUCGGGAUCUUUGAGAGUCCCACAGGGACGGGAAAAUCCUUGAGUCUUAUCUGUGGAGCACUCUCUUGGCUCAGAGAUUUUGAAGAAAAAAAGAAGCAGGAGGAGGCCCGCCUCCUUGCAGAUGAACAUAAUGGACAAGACAAGCAACAACAGCCUACAUCAUGCAGCGCAGAGGCCUCAAACUGUCAGGGCUCAGCAGGGGAGCUAGAUUGGAUCACUGAGUUUAUGCAGAAAAAAGAAGAGCAGGCCACGGUGGACAGACUAAAGGAAGAGCAAAUCAGGAGGAAGAAACGAGAGGAUCGGCUUGAGAAAAUUCGCCAUAACGUGCAACUCAAAUAUGCAUCAAAAAGAAAGAGGCUUGAAGAUGAUGAGACACAGCGGCUGCUCCAGCUCAGUAAGGAGAUCUUGUCGACGGAGUUAGGGUCAGAUGUUCUAGAGCAGCUGGAUCACGAGGAGGAGGAGCUGAUCCUUGCCGAGUAUGAGAGUGAUGAGGAGAAGAAAGUGGGAUUGGGGUUGGAUGAUGAUGAUGAUGAUUUGGAGGAGGAGCAUGUGACCAAGAUUUACUACUGCAGCCGCACACACUCCCAGCUGGCUCAGUUUGUGCAUGAAGUUCAGAAGAGCCCUUUUGGUGAGGAGAUACGGCUGGUGUCACUGGGGUCCAGGCAGAACCUCUGUGUGAAUGAGGAGGUGCGCCAUCUGGGGGCUGUCCAGCUGAUCAAUGACCGCUGUGUGGAAAUGCAGAAGAACAAACAUGGGAAGAAGAGUGAGGGAGAGGAAUCAGAGGGGAAGAAAAGGCGUGUGAGCCGGGCUGUGUGUCCAUUUUACUCCUAUGAGCAAAUGCAGUUUCUCCGGGACGAAGUUCUAGUCAAGGUGAAAGAUAUUGAGCAGCUGGUGGCCUUGGGCAAGGAGACUAAAGCCUGUCCGUAUUAUGGGAGUCGCUAUGCCAUUCCUGCUGCCCAGCUGGUGGUGUUGCCUUAUCAGAUGCUCCUGCAUGAAUCUACCAGAUGUGCUUCUGGGAUCAAACUGAAGGAUCAGGUGGUGAUUAUUGAUGAGGCCCACAAUCUGAUAGACACUAUAACCUGCAUCUACAGCGCUGAAGUCCGUGGCGCUCAGCUGUGCUGUGCCCACUCCCAGCUGCUGCAGUACAUGGAACGAUACAGGAAACGUCUGAAGGCAAAAAACCUGAUGUACAUUAAACAGAUUCUGUAUUUGCUGGAGAGGUUUGUGUCCAUACUAGGAGGAAACGUGAAUCAAAAUCCAAAUGCUCAGAGCAUUUCUCAAGCAGGGACAGAACUAAAAUCCAUCAAUGACUUCCUGUUUCAGAGUCAGAUUGACAAUAUCAACCUCUUCAAGGUUCAGCGUUACUGUGAGAAAAGUCUGAUCAGCAGGAAGCUUUUUGGGUUUGUGGAGAGAUAUGGAGCCACCAGUGUUGUAAAGACUAACAAGGAAAAGCAGAACAUGGCUGGACUGCAGAACUUCCUUCUCACCCUGCAUCAGGGGCCAGACAAAGGUGCUGCUAUUCAGUGCCAUCCUGUGGAGGUUGAGGAUGGCCAGCCCAAGAUGGCAUCUCCUCUGAUGCAGAUUGAAGGAUUUCUCUCUGCUCUCACCAAUGCAAACCAAGAUGGGAGAGUCAUCCUCAACCGGCAAGGCACUGUAGCUCAGAGCAGCCUCAAAUUCCUCCUGCUGAAUCCAGCUGUCCAUUUUGCCAAGGUGCUGAAGGAAUGUCGUGCUGCGAUCAUCGCAGGGGGCACCAUGCAGCCGGUGUCUGAUUUCCGAGAGCAGUUGCUGUCCUGUGCCAUCGGUGCUGACAGGGUGGUGGAGUUCUCCUGUGGUCAUGUGAUUCCUCCAGACAACAUUUUACCCAUAAUCCUCUGCAGUGGUCCAUCUAACCAGCAGCUAGAGUUCACCUAUCAGAAGAGAGACCUGCCUCAGAUGAUGGAUGAGAUGGGCCGAAUCCUUGGUAACCUGUGCAAUGUGGUCCCUGGGGGCGUGGUGUGCUUCUUUCCCUCCUAUGAGUACGAGAAGCAGGUGUACACGCACUGGGAGAGGACGGGGCUGCUCACCCGCUUGGCGACUAAGAAGAAGAUAUUUCAGGAGCCCAAGAGAGCAAAGCAGGUGGAGCAGGUGCUGGCAGAGUAUGCUAAGUGCAUAAAGCGCUGCAGCCAGGUGGGAGGCCAUGUGACGGGGGCCCUGCUCUUUUCUGUGGUUGGAGGGAAAAUGAGUGAAGGAAUCAAUUUCUCUGAUGACCUGGGAAGGUGUGUCGUCAUGGUGGGCCUGCCUUACCCCAACAUCAAGUCCCCAGAACUCCAGGAGAAAAUGGCCUAUCUUGACAAAACAAUGCCAAGAACUGUGGGCCAGCCACCUAGCAAAAUGCUGAUUGAAAAUCUAUGCAUGAAAGCAGUAAACCAGUCAAUAGGGCGAGCGAUUCGCCAUCAGAAGGACUUUGCUAGCAUCCUGCUUGUAGAUCACAGGUAUGCACGCCCCUCCGUCUUCAACAAACUACCCCAGUGGAUCAAGGAAAGAACAGAGAUCAAACCUACCUUUGGACUAGCAUUUGCAGCAUUAAGGAAGUUUCACCAUGAGAAGAAGUCAUGUUAUGGGUCAGAAGCUUCCUGAGGGAGAUGGAAGAGCAGUGUGCUGAUGAAUGGGGUGCUGAGUGGCUGUAUCAGCUCAAAGUGGAGCCUCCUGCAAUUGCUGUCCCUGCAACAGAAGUUUUUUUCCCCCAAGACUUUGCAGUUGAAAAUUAUUGACCAAAGCUAUUCUUGCCUAUGUGGCUUCUGGACUGCAUCAGAGCUGGGCUGGACAGGGGAAAGUACCCUAGCUCAGACUUUGGGGGGAGGGGGAGAUAAAAGCACCCUCAGCUGGUGCAUCUGAACCCCACGUGGACUGGGUUUGUGUUACUCCUCCCCUUUGUUCUGUUUCCCAGCCUCGGGUAUUACUACUUGCCCUCUUGGGGCAGGGUGAAGUAAAGUAUUAAAAAUCAGGCUAAUGUUCCAUG